GAGAAAUGCGUCCGUCGCUCGCUGUACUGGGCGGUAGGUCAGCAUGGAAAGGACCAUACUUCGUGUCGUUCCCUAACUUGCGCGAUGCGCUGAACAACCGUGUACCUAUCCAAACGGACGCUCGUGCUUGUACAAUUUUGCCUAAUUUCGUGGGGAUACGAUUCAUGGUGCACAACGGGAAGACGUAUGUGCCCGUCAACGUGACGCAGGAUAUGGUGGGGCAUAAGUUGGGCGAGUUUGCGCCGACGAAGAAGAGGUUUGUUUAUCGGCAAACCAAAAACAAGUAACCUAGAUCAUUACAGGGAUGCAUUAAUUCUGGCGUAUAUUUACGUGGACAAAUAUUGGUGCCAUAUAAUGAUAUUAUAUAUUCGCUACCAUGAGGUUCUCAGCAGCAUCACCUCUACGACUUCGCUUACUCCUCGCCUCGUAACCAGCUGUGUACCGAACAUCUCUGCCACUCUUAUCCUUCAAUGUAGUACACGUUCCCGCCCUCUUGUCCGUCGUCUCUGAGUUUGGCCAAGAAGGUUUGAUGGAAAUAAUAAUUAAAAGAGCACUGGCCCAUGGCAGAGCAUCCUUGUCUUGGCAGUGUAUUUCGAUGUAAUUUCCUUAUACUUCUCCGGCCACUGCUAGUAGACAACAAGUGGCUACA